CACGUGAUAUAGAAGACUACCCUUGUUGAUGUUUUUAGCUAGCUUUGGUCAUCACCACCUUAAACUCUUAGCUAAAUUACUACUACUAAUUCAUGGAAACCACAAAGUCACUGCUCAUGCACUCUUCUGUUUCACUAAAGCCUUUACUUGCUCAGCUUCCUAAGGAAAGCUUCUGGGAAGGCUUGGAUCUCUACCAAUGGGAAGGUUUUUGGUACGUACCCCGGCACCUUGAAGCUGCAAAAACCGUUCAAUCACACUUUGAAGCACGCGACGACGAUGUCAUAUUGGCAUCCCCUAUGAAAACAGGCACAAAUUGGCUCAAAGCUCUUUGUUUCUGCAUCAUGAAACGUGCUAAAAGUGACGACGACGACGACGACGACAACGAGGAGCCUCUUGUGGACGAACACCCCUUUUCCUACGUACGAACCUUAGAAAUCCAAGUCUACACAACAAACGCACCACCUGAUCUCUCAGGUAUGUCAUCUCCUAGACUCUUUCACACUCACUUGCCUUACAACGCGUUACCGGAUUCAAUCAAGAAUUCCAAGUGCAAGAUUGUUUACAUAACCCGGAACCCCAAGGACACUUUGGUGUCAACAUGGCAUUUUUUCAACAGUCUCAGGACAGCUGAACAAGGGCCGUAUCCGUUCGACAAGGCAUUCGAUAGCUUCUGUAACGGGGUUCACCUUUUCGGGCCCUUCUUUGAGCAUGGGUUACAGUACUGGAAGGAGAGCUCGAAGAUGGCUCACAAGAUACUAUUCUUGAAGUAUGAAGAUCUUAAAAGAGACCCCAAAGGACAGUUGAAAAGGCUAGCCUCAUUUCUUGGGAGGCCUUUUGUGAAUGAAGAAGCGAUUGAUAAGGUGUUGUGGACAUGUAGCUUGGAGAGGCUUAAGAACAUGGAGGUGAACAAGAAUGGAGUGAGUCCAUGGACGGGGUUGCCUAAGAGUUCUUUUUUUAGGCUUGGUGUUGUUGGGGAUUGGAAGAACAACUUCACUCCUAAGAUGAAAGAUCAACUUGAUCAUAUUACUUCAAUGAAAUUGGAAGGAUCUGGCCUUGAAUUUGAGACAUAAUUACGUUUUCGAUCAAUAAUAAUGUGGAGCUUCUUCAGUCACCUAACGGACAUUAGUCUAGAUGGUACAAAAUCGAUUGUUCAAGUCAUGUUAGGGGUAAAGGAUCCAUAAGUGCAUGUGUACUUGUGUUUUACAGUUUCCUUGUUUGAAUAAUGGCUUGUGCCUUGUUUUUACAGUUUCCUUUGUUUGAAUAAAUUUAUUUACCGAAAAUAAUAAUAAUAAUAGUAGUACCAUGGUUGUGUAUAGUU